AUGUCACAUGGUCGUGAAGCUCUUGAUAAAGCAGUCUGCAACUCCAUAGGCACUCCUUGUUCUUCCUCUCUUUCUAGUGGUAUGCGAGAUGCUGAAGAAGAUCCUGAAGAGGUUGCUGAAUCUGCUUCCACUUCUACUUAUGGUACUAUUUCUACUGGUACCACUUCCUCUACUAUUACUAAAGCUGUCAGUUCUACACUUGAAGCUGCUGCUACUGUUGGUGGAGGCGCUUAUGCAGGAUACUGGGUAUAUUCUAGAUACUUUCUAGACGCUUUGGUAUGCCUGAUCUGA